GCAGGGCCAGCAUCCCUGCCGGGGCCGCGCGCUCUGCCAGGCCUCCCGGACUGCUGUGGACUCCAGCAAGAGCCUCGGGGAUUUGAAGUGCCCCGGACGCGCGGGCAGGGCCUGGCGUGACGGGGCGGCCCGGAGGGGCGAGCCCUGGGGAGCGGCGGGCGCCGGGAGGCGGUCACGUCUCGCGGGCGGCGGGGGACCCCCGGUUAUUUCUGGACGCGCUCUGGUGCGCGGCGCUUCUAGUGGCACCACGGCCCCAGCGCCCCCGGGGCCCAGUACUGGGACCAGAAUGCCAGCCCUGCACAUCGAGGAUUUGCCGGAGAAGGAGAAGCUGAAGAUGGAAGUGGAGCAGCUACGCAAAGAAGUGAAGUUGCAGAGACAGCAGGUGUCUAAGUGUUCUGAAGAAAUAAAGAACUAUAUUGAAGAACGUUCCGGAGAAGACCCGCUGGUAAAGGGAAUUCCAGAAGACAAGAAUCCUUUCAAAGAAAAAGGCAGCUGCGUUAUCUCCUGAGUAACUCUGGGGAGACCGCCUCUUCUGUGGAAG